CUUUCAUACAUACACUCAUACACCGAACAGCAUAGCCUCACCUCGGUCGUCCUGUUCUCUCGGGACGAUAUAAAUAGUCAUCUUGGCGAACUGCAUGUCCAUACUCUCAUUCCUCCGCCGCUCAACUAUUCAACGAAUUUCAACUCGAUCGCCAACUUUCACACUUUUCCCAAUCAAACCUCGACCAAUAAACCUCUUGACCGUCAUACCCGCUGCUCAUCUCAGCAAUAUGGCCGGCUCCAACGUUCAGAAGACGGACCAAGAAUGGCAAGCUGUCUUGUCCCCGGAACAAUUUAGAGUACUUCGGAUGAAAGGAACAGAAGCACCAGGUACCAGCAAGCUUGAAAAGUUUGCCGGAGAUGGUGUUUACUGUUGCGCCGCUUGUAAUGCUCCACUGUAUAAGAGUACCACGAAAUUCAACUCCGGUUGUGGCUGGCCUGCCUUUUUCGACGCCAUACCAGGUGCCAUCAUCCGAAACGAAGACAGGUCAAUGUUCAUGACUCGGACCGAGAUUGUAUGUAACAACUGCGGUGGACAUUUAGGUCAUGUCUUCAAAGGAGAAGGUUUCAACACUCCUACCGAUGAGAGACAUUGUGUCAAUGGUAUCUCCUUGAAUUUCAAAGAAGAGGCUAAGAAAUAAAGCUCGAGUAUCUGUCGUGGUCCUUAGUAAAUGAACCCAGUCUCUUCCAAGGAUAAGUAGAGUAUGAGUACGAAUACUCUUACAGUAUAUAUAAUAUCUUGGUGUAAGAUAUGCAUGUUGUCAAGU